AUGGGGACACGGGGACAUCCCAAGCGGCCGGAUCCCAUCGGAGCGGGGAGCGGAGGUUCCGGCCGCUCCGCAUUUUGGGAACGUUUCCGUCCGUUUGAUCCAGGAGCCUUUGGAGAACGCGGAGUCUUGACCCGCGUGCGGGAGGAGGAAGAGCCCGGCCUUUCCCGAGAUCUUGAUCAUCCGCUCCCUUUCCAUCACCUAGAGGCUUCUCACCUGGUUUCGGCAUUUUCCACCGUCACCUUCUCCUCCAGCUCCUCUUCCGACGGAGACUCCGAUGAUCCCGAUGCUGCAUGGAUGGAGCAGCGGACGGAGCAGGACGACCGCGACUGCUGUCCCAGGGAUGAGGAAUGGGCGUUUGCCGGCCCCCUUUUCCGCAUCCGCGCGGAGCCGCCGGGCGCCGUGGGCUCCAUGGGGCUCCCGCACUUCGUGUGCCUCUCCGGUGAGCACGGAGCCGCUUCCCGACCCCGGGAACGCCGGGAAUCCGGGCGCCCCACGGAGCCUCCGUGUCGCUCCCAGGAGCGCGGGAAGGAGGAUUCCCCGUUUCCCACAUGCGGAUCGGCCACUUUGUGGAUGGGAAGCUUCUCAUGGAGGGAUGAGGUGCUGCCGUCGCACGCGGUGCUCCGGGAUCCCGGAUUCUCCUUCCUGGGAGUCCUUUGGAGGAAGGCGGCCUCCAUCCUGGAGCUGCCCCUGCACUGCCUGGUCCUGCUCUUCCAUAGCACCAGGAAGGAGCCGCUCACGCUCCAUCUCUUCCUGAUCCCGGAUGACGGAUCCAUAAAGCGGGUGAGAUCCCACCGGAAGCGGGACGGCCCCGGGGCCAGGCAGAGCCUGGCGAGGCCGAAUCCGCGGAGACGCGCGUGGUUCCCCAUCCAACCCUACAUGAACACCCAGGCGGUCAAAGAAAGAGAGAAGGAGUUCAGGUCCUACCAGGUGGAUAAACCAGCCUUGACCAAACGUCUCCGCUGUGGGAGGUCCUACGUUGUUUCCUGCUCAGCCUCAACCGCGCACAUAAAACCCAAGACCCUGGACUUCCAUCUGCGGGAUGCGGAGGAGCAGCAGAUCUUCAGCGAGAUCUACCUGGCCGACAUGGCGGGGAGCGUCCAACUGAGCUUGAAGGAGAAGAGCGGGACUGGCUCCAUGUGGGACGCGGUGCUCCGGAAGGGGAGCCACUUCGUGGAUCGGCACCGCGCGGAGCUCAUCCGGCGCGUGGUGGAGGUCGCGGGCGUCCUGGACGUCCUCCUGGAGCAGGAGGUGCUGGACCAGGAGCAGUACGAGCGGAUCCUGGCGGAGAGGACAUCCCAGGGCAGGAUGCGGGAGCUCUACCGACCGUCAUCGUCACCAUCACGGUCAUCGUCACCAUCAUUAUUAUCAUCAUCACCAUCUUCAUCAUCACUAUCCUCAUCACCUUCAUCAUCGUCAUCAUCAUCAUCAUCAUCAUCAUCAUCGUCAUCAUCGUCAUCACCCGUCAUCAUCGUCAUCACCGUCAUCAUCACCAUCGUUAUUAUCAUCACCACCAUCAUCAUCAUUAUUAUUAUUAUUAUUAUUAUUAUCAUAAUCAUUAUGAUUAUCGUCCCCCACCCAACGCAGCUCCUACAGGGACGGCCCCGCUCUGCCCCUUUAACAGCGGCUCCCGCCCAGGGGGCGGGGCUCCGGCGGGCCGCGCCCAAUGAGCGGCCGCUGGGCGGGGCCAGCGGAUCCCUGCAGCUCUUCAGCGUCACCCUGCAGCGCCUGGUCAUGGUGCGGGAGGUGGCCAAGGACCUCAGCUCCGUCGUCAUCGCCGCCAAGCUCCAG